CGCACAACCUGUGCGCCCGCCUUUCUCCCUUUUCUUCCUCCCGUUCGUCGUCGUCCCUGCCCGCUCUCUCCACCUCACCACCGUCUAUCGCACAGAAAUGUUCGCAUUUCUCGCACUCGCCGUCGCCCCUCUCGUCGCCGCCCUCCCGUCCCGUCUCGACACACGUCAGUCCGACGGACCCUGGUGCAAAGGCCUCGGCGGCGGCGCGUACGACGUAGCGUACAACUUCACGCUCAUCGCCAAGAACGCGACGUCGAACGACAACGGGGUGCAGAUCGUGCUGAACCCGCAGACGGACAGGAGCGGCGCGACGGUGUACGGGCUCGCCACAUACACCACCCAGCCCGGCACGCUCGCCCAGUUCCCGAACUUCUCCCUCUUCCACGGCGGGCUGACCGCGAACGAGCCAAGCAACGCCAAGUGCCAGCCCGUCUCGCCCGGCGCCGCCGAGGGCAGCGCCGUCAGCUUCCUGGACACGUGCACCGACCUCGCGACCGCCGCGCCCGUGUUCUGCGCCGUGGCUAGCACGAGCGCGGCCCAGGGAAGCCUCCCCACCCUCGCGCUCAACACCCACACGGACCGCUUCUUGAUUUGCCGCCAGGCGGGCGGGACCGCGGACGUCGUGGUGUAUGACGCGAGCGCCGACGCGACGGCGUACGAAUACGACACAUGCUAUGCGGUGACGCUGCACGUCGAUGAGACGGCUUGAGUGUCGUCCUAUGGUCGUUGAAACCGAGAUCGAGGACACGGUACGGGCUGGAUGAAGAUUUCUCGGAUUACUCGCGACGAACGGACUUCGCUUUUUGCUAUCCCAUACCCUUUGUUUUGAGGAUUACUCACCCCACAUUCGUUUGGUUCUUGGACAUAAUCGGACUUGCGUACUUAGGAUAGUCGCGGAGCUAAUGCAUGCACUAAUUAAUUGUCAUUAUCUUUCGUC